UGUAGUUAAAAUUUUGCUUGACAGAGGAAGCUGCUUCUUGGAUUAUAAGGACGUGUUUCAAUAGACAGACAUCCACAUGCUGUUUUGUAAGGAUACACAUAACCACUGGAUAUAACCAUGUUUUUGUGGCUAGAACUCUUGGUGUUUGGCUUGGCUCUUGUGGACAUGGAAGUUUUCAUAAAUGGCCAAACAACAGCACCACAAACAACAUCUAUUAUGAAAGCAACAAAUGGAAAAACAACUCCUGACUUUUCAUUGACUCCUUCACGCACCACUCCAUUCUCACCUGCAAGCACCUUUGAAGCAAAGCCUGGUUCUCCAACCAACGAAACAGUGCCUCCUCCUGUUUCUCAGGCUGUUAAUUUUACUGAAACCUCUCUUACCAAAGAGAGUGUGGCUUUCACUGCUACAUCUGCUUCCCUCACUAUCUCAGAUGAUGAAAAUACUUUCUUUACUCCAACCACUGGCACUGCAACAAGCAUCUCUUCAGGUCUCCCAAACACCACCUCAAUAGAUACACAAAACCUUUGUGCCAAUAUUCAGCUUUCUAAGGACUUUACAAAGGAUCGUCAUGCUGCAAAUCUUAAGUUUGAUGGAUCAUUAGAUUUGCUGAAUGUUACCUGCAUUUCUUGUGACUGGGAAAAAGAGACCAAUACUUUAUCUCAUCUGACAGAAUGCCAAACCUAUAACAUAACAGCAAAGUUCAGCAAAGAUUGCGAGAAAAAGUUUUCCAUUAAUGUUCCUAUUUCUGAUAACAAGCAAUUGAAUGCAACCGUCACUAAUAUUACAAUAAAUUUAUUUUGGGACACUGAUGAUAAGUGUGAAUUGAAAUAUUCAUAUUGUUGUUUCCCAAAGGGUAAUGAGUCUAGUGCCAUUUGUGAUGAAGGAAAAAAGUCACAGUAUCUGUUUAAGGUGUUACCCAACACAAAUUAUACAUGCAAUUCAAGUAUUCAAGGAUUACGUUUUCUUAACAAACCAGUACGUCAAACACAUGAGUUAACAACAGACUAUGGAAUACCAGACCCACCUAAAAGCUGUCCAUUAUAUCCAACUAAAGAAAGUGUAACAGUUGCUUGGAGUGCACCACAAAACCUGAGAAAUGGCCCUAUUCAUGGUUAUAAUAUCAAAAUACUCAAUGCUGAAACUGAUCGUAUUCUAAGAAGUAUGAGAGAAAAUAAUAACAUGCACCAUAAAAUGACUGAUUUAGAACCUUACACAGAGUAUAAAGUGAUGGUAUGGGCAUACACAGAGAAAAAAAAUAAUCUACUACUUGAGGGGGAUCCCUGUAUUAGUACUACUACGACUCUGCCAACACAACCAAGUCCUUUGAAAAAACUUGAGUUAAGCAUAUCCAAAGAUGGAAACAAUAUUGUAGAAGUUUCUUGUGUGGGACCAGAGAAAUUAAAUGGACCUCAGUCAGUCUAUACAUUAAAAUGGGAUAGCGGUGAUAAAAAGAGCUUCAACAAUUGCAAAUUCAAAGUGGACAACCUUUCUUUUUUGAAAACAUACACUUUUCAAGUACUUGUUUCCAAUGGAUAUUAUUCUACAGAGCCAAUAUCGGAAAAAAUAACCACCAAGUAUGAUAUUAAAGCUGUCAUUGGAUUCUUGGCAUUCCUGAUUAUUGUAACCGUUUUGGCUUUACUUCUUGUCUUGUAUAAAAUAUACAUCCUUAACAGAAAGAACUCAAGUGAUGAAGAAGAAGGAGUAAGGCUUGUAACAAGAGAUGAUGAAAGACACAUGAAGAAUAUAGACCCAAUCCCUGCCGAGUUAUUGUGGGAAGCUUACAAGAGAAAAAUAGCAGAUGAAGGAAGGCUUUUUCUGGAUGAAUUUCAGAGCAUUCCCAGAGUCUUCAGUAAAUAUCCCAUAAAAGAAGCACGCAAGCCUUAUAACCAGAACAAGAACCGUUACAUCGAUAUCCUCCCUUAUGAUUACAAUCGUGUGGAGCUUAACACAAGCCCCGGGGAACAGGGAUACGACUACAUAAAUGCAAGCUAUAUCGAUGGUUUUAAAGAAAUGAAAAAAUACAUUGCUGCACAAGGUCCCAAGGAAGAGACAAUAGAUGAUUUCUGGAGAAUGAUCUGGGAACAAAAAGCAACCAUUGUUGUCAUGGUGACUCGCUGUGAGGAAGGCAACAAGGUCAAAUGUGCCAAGUAUUGGCCAUCAAUGGAGGAGGAGACUGCAUCUUAUGGGGACAUUAUAGUAAGCAUAAAUGAAUGCAAAAUGUGUCCAGACUACAUAAUUCGAAAGCUGCACAUCAACCAUAGAAGAGACAAGUCAGCAGGAAGAGAUGUGACCCACAUUCAAUUUACAAGCUGGCCAGAUCAUGGGGUACCUGAUGACCCCCAUCUUCUGCUCAAGCUGCGCCGCCGAGUCAAUACUUUAAGCAACUUCUUUAGUGGCCCAAUAGUAGUCCAUUGCAGUGCUGGUGUAGGACGCACUGGAACCUAUAUUGGGAUUGAUGCAAUGCUGGAAGCAUUAGAGGCUGAAGGACGAGUUGAUGUCUAUGGCUAUAUUGCAAAAUUACGGCGUCAGCGAUGCCUCAUGGUUCAAGUGGAGGCACAGUACAUCUUGAUCCAUCAUGCUUUGGUUGAAUAUGUCCAAUUUGGCGAAACAGAAGUCUUUGUUUCAGAACUGCCCAACUAUCUCAGUCAGAUGAAGAAAAAGGAUUCUCUCAGUGAACCUUCUCUGCUGGAAGCUGAAUUUCAGCGAAUGCCUUUAUACAAGAAUUGGCAGAAUCAGAAAGCUGGUAGAAAAGAAGAAAACAGACAGAAAAACCGGAGUGCCACAGUAAUUCCAUAUGAUUACAACAGAGUGUUAUUCAAACACGAAGAAGAAGGGAACAGAGAGAGUGAACAAGAUGUUGAUUCAUCUGAUGAAGAUAGUGAUUGUGAAGAGGAACCCAAUAAAUAUAUCAAUGCUUCCUUUAUACCCAGUUACUGGGCUCAAAACGGAAUUAUAGCAACCCAAGGACCACUUCCAGAAACAAUAGGUGACUUCUGGAACAUGAUUUAUCAAAAGAAAGUCAAAGUGAUUGUUAUGCUGACAGACAAUCCGGAACUCUGUGCAGAGUAUUGGCAAGAAGAAAAAAUGACAUAUGAUAAUAUCACUGUUGAACUAAAAGACAGCAACUGUAGCCCCAGUUAUACCAUUCGUGCCUUUGACAUAACUCAUAUAAAGAAGAAAGACAGCAGGAAAGUGUUUCAGUAUCAGUACCAUAAAUGGGAUAGUUCUGCUCUCCCAGAAACCCCCCAAGACUUAAUCACCAUGAUCCAGAAUCUCAAACAGAAGUUUUCAACCCAAGAUGCAGCUAAAGCAAAUGUGACCAACAAGAACAAGAACGUUCCACUUGUUGUCCAUUGUGGUGAUGGUUCUAAACAAACGGGAGUAUUUUGUGCUUUGCUAAAUCUCUUGGAAUGUGCUGAGACUGAAGGGGUAAUUGAUGUUUUCCAAGUGGUGAAAGCUCUUCGUAGAGCCAGAACAGAAAUGGUUUCCUCUUUUGAAGAUUAUCAGUUUCUUUACGAUACUAUUGCAAGCCUGUAUCCUGCCCAGAAUGGAAAGCUGCAAAAUGCUCAAUGCCACGAACAAAUCACUAACAUCCAGAAUGAAGUCAAGAAGGAAGAAGAGAGUAACUCUUUGGAAUCCGAUUUCCAACUUAUGAGUCAAGAAAAUGGAAAUGAUGCUGAAAUAUGCAAUGAUUUCAAAGCCAAGGAUACAUCCAGGGAAGCAGAGAGUUCUAUUAAUGGACCUACAAAUCCAGUUUUGAGUGACAUGGCUUAGAAUUUGAAUCAAUCCUCUGUCUGCGCGACAGAGAAUCUUCCCACAAAAGAAAAUUGAAAGCAGAAUAUGAGAAAUGGCCAUCCCCAUGCAGAACACAUCUUGUAAAACUCAUGAUUAUUUUCCUCCAAGGAACAACAUGGAAGAAUGAGGAACUUUUGGAUAAAUAUAAGAAGACUGUGAAUGUUGUAUGUGUGUUUGUAUGGAGAUAUGGAGAUUUUAAUCACUUAGGUGUGAUUUGCACUGUUUAAUGUUUUUGAAAGUACAGCAUUUUU